AUGAUGCCUCCGAACGCGGAAGUUCAAAUUCCCGACGACGAAGUUGAAGUUGAUAAUCAAAUUUUCAUAGUCUUGACACCUGUUUCGGAGUACAGCUCCAGCUUAGAAGACACAGUCGAAGGUAUUUUAAGCGAUGAAUAUAUAACAGGAGACGACGAAAUUAUUCAAGUAGGCGAUUCUACAUUGAACUUGCAGGAGGAAUGCUUCAGGGAUUUUUUGAUAAAAAUAACUAAUACUGAAGACCUUUCGACGGUCACCCAGCUGAAACUGCGGGUAAUAUCUAGAGAAGUUACGUUGCAACAUUUGAGCAUUUACACUCCCGCUCUUAGAGAGCUGACUUUGGACGGGAGUGCGGUGUAUUCUCUGAGAGACAUCGGAAUCGGGUUGAAAAACCUGAAGAUUCUAAAGGUAAACAGGUGCGGGCUGAAUUGCAUAGACGGGGUAUUCAGCAUCGAGCAAUUAGAAGAACUGUAUGCAAGCGAUAAUGAAAUCGACACUUUGGCUCCGUGCGCGUUUUUGAGCUGUCUUAGAAUAUUGGAUGUAAGAAGAAAUAACAUAACGAAAGAAUCAGUAACUUACCUCAGUUUUUGCGACAACAUCGAAGAAUUAUACCUUGAGGGAAAUCUAGGAAUUCAAUUGAAUGUAAUUGCUGAAUUAGUGCAUGGAAUAUUACCCCAUCUCAAAUCAUUAGAUGGCUUUUUGAUGAUAGAUGUAUUGAAUAAUACAAACGAACGUAACGAAGAAGGCGUUGUCAGUUUUCAAAAUAAUAGAAACAUCUCUAAUGAAACUCAAAGAUCGAAUUUUACAGUUGAUUUUCCGCCCAGGGUUGUUUUACAACGCUACUUUUACAACUUGUAG